GUGAGUAAAGCUGCGUCAUCGAAAAAAAGAAAACACCUGCAACAUAAAAAGAAACUCGAAACAGUAAAUAUUCUAGAAAUUAUGCCGGUAUUAGAAAAUAUAGAAGCCAUGACAGUAAACACAUCACCUGCACCUGUAGCGGAUAUGGACGAUCCACACCAGACGCAGCCAGUUCGCGAAAUAACCCAAACGGAUCAUCUCAAUAAACGCCUCUUAAAGUCAUUGCUCGACUCGAUGAAAACCAAUGCAACCGACCAAGAAAAUUCAACACCAACAGAGGCAAACAACGACAAUAACAAUGAUUUCGAUGAUUGAUUUCUAUAUUUACAUUAAAACAUAUUAAAGUCAAAGUUUCGGUCAUGGUUUACCCACUAAAAAUAACAACUAUUUUUUCAUUAAACCAUUCGCAUUAAUGCUUCUAAAUA